CGCCCCCUUUCCCCCCCCUCCACGAGGACCAGUUUUCCGAAGGUUUCUGAGGGUCGCUCAAGGGGCCAAAGAGGCCGCAUGGCCCUGACCUAAUCCACAGGCCCAGGGCGCUCUAAUGCCGCUGCUUCUCCAUAUCCCCGGCUUCCUAUCCCGCCGUCGUCGACCCUGUCCCCCCCACUAGCCUCUCCGUACGGGUUCGGCAUGGCUGCCGCUGCCCGAGAACGAGCACUGCGCAAGCGCAAGGCUCCUGCUCCAUCGUGGCAGGACGAACUGCAAAACCACACGUUCCUGCACACGAUGUACUGCCAGAACUGGAGUCCCAGCGUCGGCCUCUUGGAAGCCUAUGACGGGGACCAGCUUUUCUCCUUCGACUUCAACCAGAACACCCGAGUGCCUCGCCUGCCUGAGUUUGCUGACUGGACUCAGAAGCCCGGAGAUACUUCCACCAUUUUCUUUGAAAAAGCGUUUUGCCGGGCUAUGAUCCAGGAAAUAGGACCAAUACUUGAAGGGCAUAUCCCUGUGUCUAGAGGGGUUCCUGUUGUUGACAUGUUCACGCUGAAGCCCCUGGAGUUUGGCAAGCCCAACACGCUGGUCUGUUUUGUCAGUAAUCUCUUCCCACCCACAUUGACGGUGAACUGGAGGCAUCACUUGGACCCUGUGGAAGGAAUCGGGCCCACUUUUGUGUCCGCGGUUGAUGAACUCAGCUUCCAGGCCUUUUCUUACUUAAACUUCACACCAGCACCCUCUGACCUUUUCUCCUGCAUCGUGACUCAUAAAAUUGACAACCACACGGCAAUUGCCUAUUGGGUGCCCCAUAAUGCGCUGCCCUCUGAUCUUCUGGAGAACGUGCUGUGUGGUGUGGCCUUCGGCCUGGGUGUGCUGGGUAUCAUUGUUGGCUUAGUGCUCAUCAUCUACUUCCGAAAGCCCUGCUCAGGGGAUUGAUUCUUCCUGACCAGAGUCUGGUGCCAGCAGUGUUGACCAUGCAUGCACCGGGAGCUCGGGUUUCCCAAAUCCUGCCCAGGAUCUCUCCCUGUCAGAGCAGGAGUCCCUGGGACGCCCCUGGUGGUGUGUGCAUGCGCGUGUGUACAGGUUUCGAAGCUGGGGGCUCUGCUGUCCCCCGGCUUGCACCCAGGGGAAUGCAGAGUGGCUUUCUUAUCAUGACCACCUCCCUUCCCACUUUGGGGCAAUAAAUCUUAUUUCUUAACA